GAAUGGGCCACCGGUAUCUUUCCGUGCUUGCGCGGCCAGGAAGCCUCACUUCCGGUUCUGCGCGCGCACGGCUUGAGUGCUCCCGGCGCCAGACGGCCACCAUGAAGUUCAACCCCUUCGUGACCUCGGACCGCAGCAAAAACCGCAAACGCCACUUCAAUGCCCCCUCGCACGUGCGCAGGAAGAUCAUGUCGUCCCCGCUCUCCAAGGAGCUGCGGCAGAAGUACAAUGUCCGCUCCAUGCCUAUCCGCAAGGACGACGAGGUCCAGGUGGUUCGAGGACACUACAAAGGUCAGCAAAUUGGCAAGGUAGUCCAGGUGUACAGAAAGAAAUAUGUCAUCUACAUAGAGCGAGUGCAGCGUGAGAAGGCUAAUGGCACAACUGUCCAUGUGGGCAUUCACCCAAGCAAGGUGGUUAUCACCAGGCUAAAACUGGACAAAGAUCGGAAAAAAAUCCUUGAACGAAAAGCCAAGUCUCGACAAGUUGGAAAAGAGAAAGGCAAAUAUAAGGAAGAACUUAUUGAGAAAAUGCAGGAGUGAAUAUAACCUGUUGUGCAGCCACGGUUUAACUGCAAAUUUUUAGCCUAGUGUGUGUUUCUUUGGAAUUUUUCAAGAUUUCUCUGGAACGUUUCAUUUGCUUUCUGUUUUGUUACUGAUCUGUGGCUCUAUAUCCACAUUUGCGACUUUAAUUUGGAAAUGUUUCCUAAUUCUGAAUGGUAUUUGCAAUGUUUUAUAAGUAAAAUCCAUCUUAUUGUCAA